UGUUUCUCAACCACUACUCAACAAAAUCGAACUACAAUGGCUGCCACAUACUGAUCGAAUGAAGCUCAUCUUCCACCUCCCCCAUCGUUUUCUUUCCACGUUUGUGGGCGACAUAUUAAAGUCGAAACAGCCUGAGAUACAGGAAAGCAAAGUUUGUGGCAUUUCCCUUUAUCUUUCCUGCUCUUCCCUCUUGAAUCGAUCUCUUCUUCCUCUUUCCCUUAUAUAGCUCUCUCUGCUCAUCUUUCUUAUAACAGUAUAGAGGGGAAAGAAGAGAGAAUGGGUAGCAAAGGUGGUGGCGCACUACAAUCCCCGUCGUCUCCGUCGUCGCCGUCGGUGGUUUGUUGCAUGUGCGGAGAUCGGGGGCUAUCACGGGAGCUCUUUCGGUGCAAACUCUGCGCCUUUCGCUCCCAACACAAAUAUUGCAGCGAUCUAUACCCGAGAGCAGAGGUCUAUCGAGCCUGUAACUGGUGCCUGAGGGAGGAAGCAGGAAGCAGGUUACUUUUGGUAGAACAGACGACGGUUGAUCGAAUUAUUUCAGCUUCCUCUUCUCCGGUAGGUGGCACAAGCUCGGGAUUGAAGCUCGCUCGUGGGGCGUUCUCGCCACAGCUUCUGAAUAAACCGGUGAAGAAGCAGAGAUUGGGUGACAGGCGGCUGCAGCCACCGUCGGAUUCCGGCGACCGGGGCAGCGGGGAGGAGCUGUCGCCGGGUUCUGGGAGGGGACGGCAGGUGUUUAGAGGAAAGGCGAGGAGGUAUAAGCUUUUGGAAGAGUUCUCUAGCUAGUUGAGGAGUUGAGGCAGGUUGGUAUUUGCGUGUAUGACAGAGAUUCUACAAGGAAUCUUUAUAGAAAAUUUUGGAAAGAAAUGUCUUUUUACUAUGGGAUUCUAUAUGAUCAAUUGAUCAUUGUAUUUAAUUAAGUUUUUAUCUUUUGUAGA